CCAACACAUUCACAGUCCACGAUGGCUCGAGACGAUGCUGCGCUGUCACUCAAGCGCAAACGAGACGGAGAACCGCAUCCAAAUCUCCAAGCCAAACGGCAAAAGCUGAUCGAAGGCCGCCGCAACCUCCCAAUAUGGAAGCAGCAGGACGGGAUCCGGAAGGCUUUGCGCCAGCAUCAAGUCUUGAUUCUAUCCGGAGAGACAGGGUCGGGCAAAAGUACGCAGGUGCCGCAAUUUCUGCUCCAGGAAGCCUGGAACACAGGCAAAAUCGCAGUCACCCAACCGCGGCGAGUGGCAGCCAUCACGUUGGCUCAUCGCGUGGCGGACGAGGUGGGCACGCCUUGCGGUUCGUCUUCUCCGGCGAGUAAAGUGGGCUACAGCGUGCGGUUCGACGACUCCACCAGUCCUUCGACACGCAUCAAGUUCGUCACCGAAGGCAUUCUCUUGCAGGAGAUGCUGCGGGAUGCGACGCUAGGGGAAUACAGCUGCGUGAUUGUGGAUGAAGUGCACGAACGCAGCGUCAAUGUCGACCUCCUUCUGGGGUUUCUCAAACAGCUCUUGAUGGGCCGCACGAAACGCCAAAAACCGUUAAAGGUCGUGGUCAUGAGCGCUACUGCCGAUGUGGACAGUAUUUUUCGCUUCUUCACUACGACUGACGGCCCUGCAAAUGGACUGGACCCUGCUGAAAACCACCUACCAAACGGCAACGGUGAAGAUGUGUCAAAACACUCCCAGACGAACAUCAAAGUCGCCAUCUCGCACGUCGAAGGACGACAAUACCCGGUCAACAUGCACUAUCUCUCCAAACCAACCAACGAUCUGAUCGAUACCGGUCUGCAACGCAUCUUCCAGAUCCACUGCAAAGAACCCAUGCCUGGCGAUAUCCUCGUCUUCUUGACCGGCCAGGAGUCUAUACAAACCCUUCAAAAGCUUGCAGAGGAGUUUGCUGAGAGUCUAGGCCGUGAAGUGCCAAAGCUCUUGGUCUUGCCACUCUUUGCUGCCCUCCCGCAAGCAGCGCAGCAGCGUAUCUUUCUGCCCGCACCGGCCAAUACGAGAAAAGUCAUCUUGUCUACCAACAUUGCUGAAACUUCCGUGACAGUGCCCGGUGUACGGUUCGUCGUGGACACAGGGAAAGCCAAGAUCAGACAGUUCCGCAGUCGGCUGGGCCUGGAGUCUUUGCUUGUCAAGACCAUCUCCAAAUCGUCGGCCGAUCAAAGAAAGGGGCGCGCUGGUCGUGAAGCUCCCGGUCAGUGCUAUCGCUUGUACACCGAGGACGGCUACAAGUCCUUGGAGAAAGACAACACCCCCGAGAUUCUGAGGUGUGAAUUAAGCCAAGCGUUGCUCAAUAUGAAGGCGAGGGGCGUGGACGAUGUGCUCAACUUCCCGCUCCUGACACCACCUCGCCGUGAAACGAUGGAAAAGGCGCUUCUUCAAUUACUACAACUGGGAGCCCUUGACGAGAACGGAAAAAUCAGUAAGACUGGCCGGCAAAUGGCACGCCUACCCCUCACUCCAUCUCUCGGUCGCGUUAUCAUCGAAGCCGCGAGAGCAGAAACCAGCUGCCUUCUCGAAGUCAUCGACAUCGUCGCUUGUCUCAGCGUGGAGAACAUCUUCCUCAACACGGACACCGAAGAAGCGAGAGAGGAAGCGCAGAUCGCGCGCUCCCAGCUCUACCGCAGAGAAGGCGACCAUCUGACUCUGAUGACGGCCGUCAGAGCUUAUGCCGAAGCGGACGACCGCCGCCGCUGGUCCGACAAACACCUCAUCUCGCACCGAGCCAUGCAAAGCGUGAUGGAUGUGAGGAAGCAGCUACGCGCACAAUGUCAAGCUGCCAAACUUACGGACGGCGACAAGACCCCGUCCGCCUCUGCUUCCGCGGAAGAAGUGGCUGAGAACAUCCUCAAGUGCUUCUUGCGCGGCUUCUGGAAUAAUGUUGCUCGUCUGUGUCCGGACGGAAGCUACAAGACUUUCGUCGGGAAUCAGACUGUUGCUAUCCACCCGAGCAGCUUUCUGUAUGGCAGGAAGACUGAGGCGAUCAUGUACAAUGAAUUCGUGUAUACCAAUAAGACUUAUGCGAGAGGCGUGAGCGCCGUGCAGGUGCGAUGGCUUGACGAUAUCUUGGGGUGAGGACGGGAUAUGUAUCUGGCGAUAUACAGCGUCUGACGUAGGAACUCUACACU